AUGAGUACACCACUUACAGAAACGGUUAUUAUUACCGGUGGAAAUGGGUUGUUGGGCUCAGAGAUCGUUAUUGAGAUUGCGAAGAAGCAACCUUUCGUUCAUCUAUUAUUGACUGCAAGAGAUAUAAAGACCGACGAUGUCCGCGAACUGAUGGGGAAGAUCCGCUUGAUCGGCCCCAGGUCGAUCGAGGUUCUUGCUCUUGAUCUGACCGAUUUGACAUCCGUCGCAUCGUUCGCCAAAGCCACCGUCCAUCGGGUUCGCUUCAGAGACAUUCCGCCUGUAACCAGUCUAAUUCACUCUGCCGUUGCUACAUCUUACGUUAUUGAUGAUCUCACAUCAGAUGGCUAUGACCCUGUGUAUCAGACAAAUUGUUUAUCUCCAUUUUCAUUGACUAUUGGACUGCUCGAGGCUUUCCGGGCUGGAGAUGGUACACCAAAGGGCGGAGCUAAGGUGAUCAACAUCGGCUGUUCGGCGAUAUCUUCCGGAAGAUUGGAUUAUUUCGAUCUCGACCAUGGAAGAAACGGAAGGCGACCGGGAACUGCGCUGAGCGCAAAGGAAGAGAACGUUCGUCUUGGGAGCAGCAAGUUAAUGGCCAGUGUUGCAUUAUAUGCAUUGAGGCGGAGCUUGAUCUGGACCGGUAAUAUAUCGCUCGAUAUCUUCACCUUGGAUCCAGGAGGCAUGACUGGCCAGAGCACUCUGCGGACCGGGGCCCCUAUGUCGGUCAGAGUCGCACACCAAACUCGGUCCGGACUUCGGCCAUUCCUGCGCAUGGUAUCCCGAAGCUCCAUGAAUAAGGCCAGUGUUCCAGCCAAGGCGGUUGCUAGAGUUGCAUUCCACAUCGACGCGGUGGAGAACUGGCAAAAGGAACGCUACUUUAUUCUCGACAGCGAUUACGAGGCCGCAUCCGUCUUGCCGAGCUUGCGUGAUGGGGAAAAAGUGAACAAACUAUUAAUGCAGAUGAUGCAAAUGAUUGAAGUGGAAACGAAGGAGAUGGAUUCGCCUCCUCUUCGACCUCGUUUGACCAUGAUCUCGCCUCCUACACUUACACUAUGA